CAACUCUAUAUAUAUAAAACAACUACGCAAAACAAAAAAAACAUCCAAAGAGAAAGAAAAUUAGUUAUGGCAACUCUAGGUGGCACUACUGAGGUGGAAUAUACACAGAACAGCGUUGAGAUCAAUAACCUUGCUCUCUUUGCUCUUCAAGAACACAACAUAAAACAGAAUGGAGUUCUGGAGUUUGUGAGAGUUUUAAGUGCAAAGAAACAAGUUGUUUCUGGAACGUUGUAUGAGAUCGUUUUGGAGACAAAGGAUGGUGGGAAACAAAAAGUGUAUGAAGCUAAGAUUUUGGAAAAGCCAUGGUUGAACCUUAAGGAAGUGCAGGAGUUCAAGCUUGUUAGUGAAAAUGAUGAUGCUCCUUCUUCGUCUGCAAAUUGACGUAUAUAUUAUACGAGUGUUAUAUAAGUGUUGAAAACUGACAUAUGUCUAACACUCGGACACGUUUAUUCUUAAAGAGUGUUAAUGUUUUGCAUAUUUCACUAUGUCUCAUGUGCUUCAAUUAAGUUUUCUGGGUGUUCUGCUUCUACUUCUUCUUGUCAAAUAGAUUAAUGUUUGUAAAUAAUUUGUGAAAUAAUGAAGAUUGUAUUUAAAUUUGAGAUA